AUGGAGAUGGAUCUUAGCAAGGUUACUCUUGACAUUUUCACCAAGCUUGAACAGAAAUGGCUCUCUCACUGUGACACCACCAGGAAGACACGAAUCCUUAGCAUCGACGGUGGUGGAACCACUGGCAUUGUCGCCGGAGCUUCUAUUCUCCACCUCGAACGCCAGAUCCGUCUCCUUACCGGUGACCCUCACGCUCAGAUCUCUGAUUUCUUCGACAUUGUUGCCGGAACCGGAAUCGGAGGCAUUCUCGCCGCUCUUCUCGUCGCCGACGACGGCUCCGGGAGACCAAUGUUCACCGCUAAGGACGCCGUCAAGUUUAUCGCCGAGAAGAACUCGGAGCUCUUCCAGAUCAGGCACACCGGAGUUUUCAGGAGGAACAAGAGAUUCUCCGCCAAGAGCAUGGACAGGGUUUUGGAUGCGGCGUUUCGGAGAGAAGACGGUAAGGUUCUGACGAUGAAGGACACGUGUAAGCCUCUCCUUGUACCUUGCUACGACCUCAAAACCUCUGCUCCUUUCGUUUUCUCACGCGCCGGCGCGUUGGAGUCACCGAGCUUCGACUUCGACCUCUGGAAAGUCUGCCGCGCCACGUCAGCGACUCCUAGCCUCUUCAAGCCGUUCAACGUUGUGUCGGUGGACGGAAAAACCUCAUGCUCAGCCGUAGACGGUGGUUUGGUGAUGAACAACCCAACCGCAGCUGCCGUCACUCACGUGCUACACAACAAACGAGAUUUUCCGUUAGUUAACGGCGUCGAUGACUUGCUUGUCCUGUCGUUAGGAAACGGGUCGUCUAACGUAUCGUCCUCUCCUGGAAGGAAACUCCGUCGUAACGGGGACUGUUCAACAUCUUCCGUCGUUGACAUGGUGCUUGACGGCGUUUCAGACACCGUCGAUCAGAUGCUGGGAAACGCUUUCUGUUAUAACCGUACGGACUACGUUAGAAUCCAGGCGAACGGUUUAACGAAAUCGGCGGAGGAGUUGCUGAAGGAGAGAGGUGUUGAAACGGCGCCGUUUGGAGGGAAACGGUUAUUAACGGAGACAAACGGAGAAAGAAUCGAGAGUUUCGUGCAACGUCUUGUUGCUUCGGGGAAGCCAAGCCUACCUCCGAGUCCUUGCAAGGAAUCUGCCGUUAACCCUCUCGCUGACGGACGUUAA